AUGGCGCAUUGUACUGGCGGAUUUUUAAAUGUACUUCAUCGACUUCAGAUCGCUUUGAAUAGCUGUAAUUUCCCGUCGCAUUGUUUAAAACCGCUCCAGGUGAAAUGUUUUGAGUAUUUGUUACGUGGUGAUGAUGUUGUUGCCGUUUUUCCUACUGGUUUUGGGAAGUCGAUACUGUUCCAGCUUCUUCCAAAAUUCUUUCCUGUUAAAACCGACAAAAACAUUGUAAUUGUAGUGUGUCCAUUAAAUUCUAUAAUAGAGGACCAACUUAAAAUCUUGGAGGAUAGCGGAAUAACGGCAGAUGUGUUUCGGAUUCCUAGUGAUGAGUAUGAGAGUUUGUUCGACGGCGAAAAAUCUAAAACUAUAGGCUUAGCCGAUAACACGCAUUCAUAUUGUUCCAUGAGUGCAACCACGAGUGUGUUUGACAUAAAUGACAAUGUUGAAAUUGUAUUCGCACAUCCAGAGGCAUUCCUUGGUAAAGAAGGGCGAGACCUGAUGAGCAGUGAAAAGUUUCAGAAAAAUGUAGUUGCAUGUGCUGUAGACGAAGCCCACUGCGUUGAAAUAUGGUAAGUCUCAUGUUGACUAUAUACCUGACUAUUUUAGUAGUAUUAGUGUUUAAUUAAUAUGAUGGACUUAAUAUACACACGUAAAAACGUACAAGUUGUAACAAGUCUGCAAACAAGCUGUUACAAGUCUGUUCACUAGCUGUCAACAAGUUGUGUUAGUAUUGCUUGUUCCCAGCUUGUUGUAACAAGUUUGAAACAAGCUGUUAACAACUUGUAACAAGCUUGAUGGCAUUAUCAGCCUUGUUACAAGACUGUGCUAACAAGUUUGUUACAGCUAUGAUAUAACAAGGAUGUUACAAGGUUGUCAAAACAAGGUUGUAACAAUCUUGUCAUAUCAAGCAUGUAACAGACUUGUCAGAACAACCUUGCAACAAGUCUGAUAAUUUCGACAAGUUUGUUACAAGUUGUCAAAAAGUUGUUCCAAACCUGUUGACAACUUGUGACAAGCAGUGCGAAUACAUCUUGUUGACGGCUUGUUGGCAGACUUGUUACAAGAUGUGAGAUUUUUAUGUGUGUAGAUGGUUAUAGUAAUAGAGUUAAUAUCAGUAUAUGGAUAUAAUGCAUCAGUCAAAUCCAAUCGUGCCCUCCCCCCCGGGCUAACCUCUGGCUUUUGACAAUUUUUGAAAAUAUGCGACAAAUUCCCAGGGGUGGGAUAAAAAACAUGUGAAAAUGCCCCGCAGCGGGGCAAACAAAUCAGUAGCAAAUCCCCCACCCCGGGGCCAACUGGACUAUUUGGCUAAAAAUAGUAGAUUAUCCAACUACCUGAAAAUAAAGAGAAUGCUUUCUUCAGCGUUUUGAGCGAAUGCCCUCUGAUCUAAAUAUAUCGCCUAUGUAUUUCGCCUGCAAACGCAGGCUACCAAGUAUUGUGCAUCAUACUCUAACGCGUGUUGCUAGCACAUUUAUUUUUAAAGUUUGCGGCAUGGUGUGAUGUGCUUUACAGGAAAAUGCCCCACGGUGGCCCGGGGGAAUGGGCAUGCUUGGAUUUGACUGAUGCAUUUAAACCAUUGUUUACAUGUGUAUUUAAUAGCUUUAAUUAAAAGGCAUGUUCGCACAUUCCUAGCAGGCUAAUUGAAUAAAAUAAAUACACUGUGAUUGAUACUAAACAGCAGGCAGCCGGAUAUAUAUUAAACCAAAUCAAAUCUCAACUGUAAAAUGGCCGGCAGUUUUACUAAAUCGUGUACUAACCCUGUGUAACAAUUUCAAAGUGACAACCGGCAGCCAGCUGGGUGCCGGUUGUCACUUUGAAAUUACUACACAGGGCCGUAGGAAGCUCCUUUCGAUUGGAGGGGGGGGGCUGAAAGCGAGGGCCGAAGGCCCGAGGAAAUUUUUAAAUUUAGAGUCUCUGAAAUGCCAUUUCCUGGAUUUUGGGGAAGAUUUUACAGAAUUCCGAUAGUCAGAAACUGCGUUUUAGUAUGUCGAAAUUUACAAUUUAGUAGUACUAAAUGCUCAAAGGCGUAUUUAAUUAACGAUAUAUUGAAUAAGUUGCAGGAAAGUGUGGGUUAUACCUUCAUUCUUUGCAGUUUGUCACAGAUUAAAUGAUAAAGGUCUGCAUGAUUUUGAAAAAAGGAUGAUUAUUAGCAAAUUAUUGGGGGGGGGGGGCUGCAGCCCCCCUAGCCCCCCCGGUUGCUACGGCCCUGUUACACGAAGGUUUACCCAUCUAUACCUUGAUACCUUUAUUGCAUGAUUUUAUAUAAUUGAUUACUAAAGUAGUCACUAAUUUGCAGUUUAUUCUUGUACAUUGAGUGAAUGCUAGUAUUUAAUCUAUUUUAAGGGGUGAAAACUUCAGAAAGGACUACAGAGAUUUAUCAACUCUGAAAGCAUUUUUCCCCAAAGUGCCAUUUAUUGCCCUCACAGUAACUGCUCCACCUACCAUGUUGAAAAGACUGAAACAGAGUUUGUCUUUAAAAAGUGACUGCAAAAUUGUCUCUGCAAACCCCAAUCGAGCCAAUAUAUACCUUGAAAAAAAAUUACGAUUGAGUAACCAUCACUCAUAUGGAAGUUAUGACCAGAUCCUUGUACCCAUUGCAAACAACCUGGCUAUACAAAGAGAAAACUACCCAAUGACAAUUGUCUACUUGAAACUGAAAUAUUGUGGCUAUGCGUAUCGGUUAUUUGAGGGAAUAUUAAAAGACAAAAAACUCAAGAAUAAGAGUGAUAUUUUCCACCUCAGCUCUUGGUAUGGGUGUUGAUGCACCUUAUGUUACCAGAAUCAUACACAUCACACCUCCUGCUACAGUUGAAUCUUAUGUGCAGGAAAUUGGGCGUGCUGGCAGAACAGGACUGUUAUCCAAAGCAAUUCUGUAUUACAAUAACUCUGACAUUGCAAAUAAUAAGAAACAUGUCCAGGAUGAAAUGAAAACUUACUGUCAAUCGCAACAGAUAUGUCUUCGACAGCAAAUUUUGCAAUAUUUAGGAUUCUCCAAAGUGACACAAGAAAAAUGUUGUUCUGUAUGUGAGGGUGUUAGUGGCAAAGUUUUCAGCGAUGUGAAUGAAGACCAGAAACCUACCAAAAAGUUUAGAAUGCUUGCAAUUACUAACAGGGCCAUCUUGGAAGAAAAAAUUUGUGAAGUUUUAAAUAAGAACCAAGUAAAAUCUGAAAUGCUUUCUAUCCCUUCCAUUGAAGUGGAUGUUGUAGACAAGAUGAUGGAAGGAAUUGAGUAUAUAGAGACAGAAUCAGACUUAUUACUAACAUAUGGCAUAUGGGACGAAGACAUAUCUUCUAAGAUAUUUGGUUUGAUAUCUACAUAUGCUCCACUUAUUUAAUUAUAAGUCUCAAUUGAAUCAGUGUGGUACUUAACAGUGUGAAUAGACUCUCUGAGAAAGCACAAGUUGUGAGAUUUUUAAUGUGUAAGUAGCCUUUUUCCUUCUAGGGGUGUAAGUGCAAUUAGCUGGUGGAUUGAAAUA